AUGCAGGAACUAGACAUCCUCAUCCUCGGCGCAGGCUGGACCGCAACCUUCUUGAUCCCGCUUCUCAACGAGCACAAGCUCCUCUUUGCAGCCACCACCUCCGACGGCCGCCAAGUAGCAGGCCACCCAACCCUCCAAUGGACCUUCAACCCUUCUGGCUCCGAAAAUGACCUUGAAGCCUCAUUCAAAAGUCUCCCUCGGGCACGACACGUUCUGAUCGUCUUCCCCCUCAAGGGCGAAGGCCAGAGCAAGCUCCUCGCGCGCACCUACACGGCGACGCAUGGCGGGGCGGAGGAGGGCCAGUUCCGUUUCGUUCAGCUCGGCAGCUCGGGGAUCUGGCAGAACGAUCCAGCACAGACGCCCUGGCUCGACCGGAGGAGCCCGUACGAGAGGACGGGCGCGAGAGCCGUGGCGGAGGAUGAGCUGCUGGAGCUGGGGGGCUGUGUGCUCAACCUCGCCGGGCUGUGGGGCGGAGACAGGGAUGUACGGCACUGGUUUGACCGUGUGGCGACGAGCAAGGACGCUGCCAGGGGGAAGAAGAGCCUGCAUAUGAUCCAUGGUGUCGAUGUGGCGCGUGUGGUCUUGGCAGUGAUGAGACGGAGCGAGAAGGGCGGGUGGGACAAGGUCGGCAAGGGGCAGAGAUGGAUGGUGACGGAUGGGUUUGUGUAUGACUGGUGGAGUCUCUUUGCUGGAUGGGCUGAGGGCGUGAGGGAUGAGGGUGCGAAGCUUGACAAGGAGCCUACUAAACAGGCACGAUGGGUUCACGAGCUCAUGGAAGAGGAGGGUGUGAGGGCGCUGCCUCGGUCGAUGGAGGCGCUGGGCCGCUGCUACGACACCAGGGAGCUGUGGCAGACGAUUGGCAUCACGCCCCUCAAGGCCGGCCUUGGACUGGGCCUGUGA